UUACGACGCAGAUUGCAGAUGGAAGGCAGUUCAAGUGGUAUUCUGCUGAAGACUAUCAUCAAGAGUACCUGCACCACAACCCAGGUGGCUAUGAGUGCCCUGCACACUAUGUACGCUUCAAGUACGACGAGUGAUCGUAAGUCUGUAACCAUACUUUGUUCUUGUACAGACCCCGACUUGACUCGACAAAAUCAUGUUUCGCAAAAGCUGCCUGGCUCUCAGAGUUCCAGCUACAGGACUCUCUGUACGGCCAUUCGCUACGACCAGACUCGCAUGCUCCGAACCGCUCAAGCACCACGAGCUCAAGGAAGAUGUAUCCGUCACAAAGCAGUACGACAAUGAGACACCCGUUUCUGAGCAAAUCAAAGAGUUUUACGAGCUUGCAGACAACACCCGCAUCUCUAUGCUUGGUACCGUACGAAGUGGCAACAUUGUAACACGCGCCAUGGCCGUCUCGAAGCGCGAAGGUCCUGAUUUUCUCUACCUCGCCAAUAUCCAUUCACAAAAGAUGCGCGACAUUGAACAAGACGACAAGGUGAAUGUCACCUUCUUUGAUGCCUCCUCCAUGUCGUGGAUCUCCGUGUCUGGUAAGGCUACUAUCUCACAAGACGAGACCAAGAUUCGCGAAAUCUACUCACCCAUUGUUCUUGCUUGGUUUGGCUCAGAGUCUGAAGGCCCAUACACGGGCGCAGCGGAUGAUCCUCGUAUGGCGAUUGUCAAGGUCAAGGCAACACGCGUCUCCUACUAUAAGAGCACAAAGGGCAAGAUUGGCCGCAUGACGGAUAUUGCCAAGGCCAUUGGGCUUGGUCAAGUGGCACAAACAGGUGUCCUUAGGGAGAUUCACAGCGAGGCGUUGGAGGGUGCUCGAUCAGGAUAGAUGUUUUUGCAUCACCGAGUGAUUGAGGGGAGUGAUGCUAAGACUAGUGGAUAGAUUAAACGCGCUCAGUGAGCUCCUUCUCAGACUUUUGCUCAAGCUCGGCCAUUUCCCGGUCAACACGUUCCUUGACGCGAUUCGGCUGCUCUUGUGUACGCUCAUGCACCGGUUGCUCGGAUCUAGCAGU